GUAAAGAUAGAGUUUUCAACACCCCCUUGUGUGAACAAGGAAUUGUUGGUUUUGGUAUUGGAGUUGCUGUUGCAGGUGCUACAGCCAUUGCAGAAAUUCAGUUUGCAGAUUACAUUUUUCCAGCAUUUGAUCAGAUUGUUAAUGAAGCAGCAAAAUAUCGUUACCGCUCUGGAGAUCUGUUUAAUUGUGGAAACCUCACCAUCAGAGCCCCCUGGGGCUGUGUGGGUCAUGGUGCACUAUAUCACUCUCAAAGUCCAGAAGCUUUUUUUGCUCACUGUCCAGGAAUAAAGAUUGUUAUUCCAAGGAGUCCUCUUCAGGCCAAAGGACUGCUGCUGUCAUGCAUAGAGGACAAAAAUCCAUGUAUAUUCUUUGAACCUAAAAUACUUUACAGAGCUGCAGUGGAACAAGUUCCUGUAGAGCCCUACAACAUUCCACUGUCUCAAGCUGAGGUGCUGCAGACGGGCAGUGAUGUGACACUGGUUGCUUGGGGCACUCAGGUACAUGUGAUCAAAGAGGUGGCAACAAUGGCUCAAGAAAAGCUUGGUGUGUCCUGUGAAGUUAUUGAUCUGAGGACUAUCUUACCUUGGGAUACAGAAACUGUUUGCAAGUCGGUGGUGAAGACUGGGCGAUUGCUGAUUAGCCAUGAGGCUCCCUUGACAGGAGGAUUUGCAUCUGAAAUCAGUUCCACAGUUCAGGAGGAAUGCUUUUUGAAUUUAGAAGCUCCUAUUUCGAGAGUGUGUGGCUAUGACACUCCUUUCCCUCACAUCUUUGAGCCUUUCUACAUCCCAGACAAAUGGAAAUGCUAUGAUGCUCUUCGAAACAUGAUUAACUACUGAGCAGUAAUACAGAGAUCAGAAGAACAACAGGGAAAUGCAAGAAGAUACCUUCAAAACUCUUGACACUUUAAGAUUUUUUGGGUUUGGAAUUCACAUAGCAGACUUUUCUCUGAACUCAACUAUCCUUAAUAUUCAUCUUCACUAUUCUUCAGAAAGUUCAAAUCUUCCUUAAUUAUGAAUCAGUGAUGAGCAGGUGAUCACUAUAAUAAGUAGUUUCAGAUGUAUUUGAAGAUACUCCAGCUGUCGUAUGAAUGUUUCGCAUUGCCAUGCUUCACUAGGUUACAUCUCUGAACUUCGCUGUGUAAAUAUUAGAAGCAGGAUUUUAUUCAAUAAAACAUAUUAUGCAC